AUGGAGCAACAGCCUCAGAAAGUCAGUAUGCUGUCAGCAUUGAUCGCCCCCUUCAAAUACAUGAGCCCAGGGACCAGCACCGAGGACGAGGACAGUUUAAGCACCAGCAGUACGGAGGUUAAGGAAAACCGUAAUAUUGGGAACUUGGAGGAUUCUGGGGAGUCACUUUUCUGCUCCGAGUCCACCAGAAGUGGAAGUUCGGGUCUGAAGAGGAAACGGCCACUGGAGGAAGACAAAAACGGGCACCUGUGUCAACUCCGUCUGAUUUAUAAGAAACUGUCCUGGUCUGAGGCUCCAAAGAAUGCACUCAUGCAGCUGAAUGAGCUUCGUCCGGGCCUGCAGUACCGCAUGGUGUCCCAGAUGGGACCGGUCCAUGCUCCUGUGUUCUCCAUCGCUGUGGAGGUUAACGGACUGACCUUUGAAGGCACGGGACCAACGAAGAAAAAAGCUAAGAUGAGGGCAGCAGAGCUGGCACUCAAGUCCUUUGUUCAGUUCCCCAACGCUCCUCAGGCCCACCUGGCGAUGGGAAACAUCUCAAACCCCUCGGCCGACUUCACAUCCGACCAGGCUGAGUUCCCAGACACGCUUUUCAAAGAAUUUGAGCCUUCGCCAUGCUCCGACGACCUCUCUUUCUGCAACUCAGCAAGCGAGAGUGAGCUGCUGUCGAGCGAGCUACUCAGACAUGGACGGCUGCUUCGACACACACUGGACCUCAUGGUCCAGGCUCAGCAGAGGCUUGGAGGGAUUAUUCCAGAGCCUGAGGUUCCCAAGAGUCCAGUGACUUUGCUCAACGAGCUCCGGCCUGGCCUGCGCUACGCCUGUCUGUCAGAGCGAGCAGAAGGACGGAGGUUGCGGAGCUUUGUGAUGGCGGUGCGUGUGGACGGACGUAUAUUUGAGGGCUGUGGACGCAGCAAGAAGCUUGCCAAGACUCAGGCAGCCCAGUGUGCUCUUCAGGCCCUCUUCAACAUCAGAACGGCCCCUGAGGGGAGGACUGGCCUCAAAGCCAGCAGGAAGAGUUGCCCUCAUUUACCCCAGGACUUUGCCAGUUCAGUAUUCCAGUUGGUGAGAGAGAAGUACCGGUCACUGGUGGGGGGCGUCAGUCCAGUUCACGCUCGACACAAAUCCCUGGCAGGCAUCGUAAUGACCAGAGUCGGGUCGCGGGGGCAGCAGGUUGAGCAGGGAGAUCCAGACAUCCCUUUCCACAGCCAUCCCUACCAGCUCUACUGGGAGGACUCCAAGAGUCCCCCCUCCCCAUCCUCCACACUACCCACCUCUCUCACCACGGUCUCCAUGAGGCAGCUGAGCCCCAACCUGAGCGAGAUUAGUUGCAAGAGGAUCGUCAGAUUUAGAUACAUCUACUAGCAUAUUUAGCUACAUCUAAGUAAAAGGAUGGAGGACUGGGAGGAGUCGAUCUUCGUCCGCCACAAAGAGAGCAGCUACAGGUUGAGGGACGACGUUCAUUUCCACAUGUACAUCAGCACGUCUCCCUGUGGAGACGGGAGGCUCAACUCGCCGUACGAAAUUACCAGAGAAUUCGCAGUGCACAGCAGCAGACACCUCGUGAGGAAGCAUCGGAGCCACCUGCGGACCAAGAUCGAGGCGGGCGAAGGCACGGUGCCGCUGCGCUGCCGGGGUCCCGUCCAGACGUGGGACGGUGUUCUGCAGGGGGAGCAGCUCAUCACCAUGUCCUGCACGGACAAGAUCAGCAGAUGGAACAUCCUGGGCCUGCAGGGGGCGCUGCUGAGCCACUUCGUGGAGCCGGUGUACCUGCACAGCUUGACCGUCGGCAGCCUGCGCCACACGGGUCACCUGGGCCGAGUUCUGAACCAGCGUCAGGAGCGCCUGGGGCCGCUGCCUGCUACAUACAGACGCAGCCAGCCCCUGCUGAGCGGCCUGAGCAACGCAGAGUGCCAACAGCAGGGGAAGGCCACGUGCGUUAGCAUCAACUGGACGCUGGGCGACUCACAGUUGGAAGUGGUCAACACAUCAACAGGGCGCAGGCGAGAUUUAGGGACGCCUUCACGCCUCUGCAAACACGCCCUGUUUACCCGCUGGAACAGACUCGACCGCAAGGUGAGGAGGUGCUCGCCGAGCUCGGCAGACCACCAGCUCAUGUACUGCGAGGCUAAAAUGGCGGCACGUCCCUACCAGUCGGCGAAGCAGCAGUGGUUCCGGUCGCUGCAGGAAGUGGGCCUCGGCACGUGGGUGAAGAAACCUUCAGAGCAGGAGCAGUUCCUGCCGCCGGUCUGAGCUGCACCAGGAGUGUGUGUGUGAGCGUGUGUGUGCGCGU